AUGUGCCGGUCAGGGUGUCAGGUUCAUGGCACGGUCACGAGCUGUAGAAAACAACAGAUCAUCGUGGUCGCAUCCCGGUGCAAAACCUCGGAAUCCUUUCGUUAUCCCGACGUACCGCCGCGGCACGAAGUCUAUAACGCCGCUGAAAUCCGGCUCCGCUUUUCUGCCACGAACCUGUAG